AUGCCAAAGCUCAUGAAAUUGUUUCGUGGAAUGUUCUGUAUCAAGAAACAACAACCACGUAUGACUGGACAUUUGUAUGGUAUUCUUCUGGCAGAAGAGUUGCGUUUGCAGCGGGAGGCCGAAGAAGAAGAAGAAGAAAGGAAACAAACUGAAACGGAUUCCCCAACUCCAGACACACAACAUCUUCUUGCCGGUCUAAACGAGGAACAGUUUUCUGAGCUAUGCUUCAAAUCACUCGUCUGGAAAUGGUCUAAGAUGAAUGAAAUAUUUACUAACGAACACUUUAGCUUUCAUGGUGAAAUGCUCACCGCUGGUCUGGAAUGCAACCAAGAAACUGAAGAUCAUAUCAUCGCGAUUAUUGAUGCAGCCAUUGAAGGAUAUCAAUAUACGAAGUAUGUAAGAUCAGCAGAAGAAGAAGCUCUGCCGAUUGCGCCUCUCGCUGAAGCUAUAAAUGCAUUCUACGAGUGCCGCUGGUUUGUCGAAGAGCUUCGGGAGAAUAUUAGAAACAAGAAUUGGCAGGCCCAAUUUGUUCGAAAGAGUCGUAAAAAUCAAAAUUCUGAGGCUUAA